CGGGGCCGUGGUGGAGGGCAUCGUGCUGCCCUGACCGCUCUGACUUACCCGUGGGUGGGUGCACUCGCCCACCUGAGUCGCGGCGGGGACUGCAGGGCAGCCUGGGCUGCACGCUCAGUCGCCUCUUGGAAGAGGCAGCCGAUCUCGGCUCGGAGAUGGAGAGCGGGCGAAGUUGAGGAGCCCCCCACCCACGCUGCGCUUUUCCUGACAGAGGUGCUCUGCCCCCUCCAGGGGGUGUCCUCCAGCUUCUCUGCCCCAGGCGCUGCAGCCAGCGGUGUGUCACGCGUGCUUGUUUGCAAAGGGAGCCGCCCCGGGGAGAAGAUUCGGAGGAGAGUUGUUUCCCCUGGGGAGACCUGCAGCCCAGCGGAGCGGUUCGGGCGGCCUGGAUGCGCAGGACCCAGCCCCGCAGCCGCUGACGCCCGGCAGCGGCGAAGUUUGGCUGCUGACCCGCUCGGCGCCGGGCCACUGGACAGACGGCCGCCCGGCGGCCGCGGCGGCGGCAGCGAUGCCCGUGGGGGGCCUGUUGCCGCUCUUCAGCAGUCCCGCGGGCGGCGGUCUGGGCGGCGGUCUGGGUGGGGGGCUCGGCGGCGGCGGCAGCAGGAAGGGGUCCGGCCCCUCCGCCUUCCGCCUGACGGAGAAGUUCGUGCUGCUUCUGGUGUUCAGCGCCUUCAUCACUCUCUGCUUCGGGGCAAUAUUCUUCCUUCCCGACUCCUCCAAGCUGCUCAGUGGAGUCCUGUUCCACUCCAGCCCCGCCUUGCAGCCGGCCGCCGACCACAAGCCUGGGCCCGGGGCGCGCGCCGAGGACUCAGCGGAGGGGCUACCCCGGCUCCGGGAGGAGGGCGCGCCCGGGAAUCCCGCGGCCGCCCUGGAGGACAACUUGGCCAGGAUCCGCGAAAACCACGAGCGGGCUCUCAGGGAAGCCAAAGAGACCCUGCAGAAGCUGCCAGAGGAGAUCCAAAGAGACAUCCUGCUGGAGAAGGAGAAGGUAGCCCAGGACCAGCUGCGUGACAAGGAUCCUUUCAGAGGGUUGCCGGAGGUGGACUUUGUGCCUCCCAUUGGAGUGGAGAACCGGGAGCCUGCGGAUGAAGCUAUCCGUGAGAAGAGGGCAAAGAUCGUAGAGGUGAGUGCAUCAUGUCAUAAUCCCUCCCAGUUGGCUGUUUUUCUGGGAGAAAUGGCAAAUCUUUGAAACUCUGAAAACUGCAACAUUACCCUGUAGUGGGAGAUGGAGGUUUUCCUCUUCCACCAGGUGUUAUGUCAAAGGUUCUUUCAUUUUCCUUUUUUUAGUUUUAUAGUAGACGUAGCUAAUUACGAUAUAUGCUGAAUCCCAUUGCUUUUAACUUGCAUGCUGUGGUGAGCUUAAGCCAUAUGAAGUUGGUGUUAAUACAUCGGCUGGUGAUAGACAAACCUCUACUGGCUGUAUACAUUUAGUAGUUUGGGUACAGUACAGUGAAGGUACUUUACAGCCCCCCCCCCCCAAUAUGGCUUGGAAGUGGCUUUAAAGUGAAGCUUGCCAGUAAACUAAAGCAUCAUUCAACCAGGAUGUAAAAGUACUAGCAGCAAGCCAGAGCUCCUUAGCGUUCAGUCAUAUGGCCCCAUUCUGCCAGGUGGCAUUUUGUGUGUACUUACAAAGUCAAAAGGUGAAACUGGAGAACUUCCCAUCAUAGGAGGUAUACUAUUGUUUACUUUUCAAAAAAAUGAAAAUUUAGCCAGUCUACUAACUGUAUUUCUAGUGCAUAUUCAGAAAUAGGGUAUUCCAUGUGAAGCAACAGGUUUGCUUCAUAACAGCACAAUAAUAACAAACUUAAUCUGGGACAAACAUAGACUUUGAUAAAUCCUCUGUAAUUUCUUUAUGU